CCCCUCUUUGCUGUACCGACCACAAGUCUUCUCUGUCAUUCUCACUAUUCGUCAUGGCCAUGAAAAGGAAAUUCGAUGAUACCGGCGACGCGACAUACAAGGUACGCGUCUGGAUCUAUACUAGUCACUUUGCCAACUCUGCACUUUCAGGAGGCAAAGCAGUUAAAAUGUGUUCCUUUCCCCCACUGCGAACCUGACAACGACGUUGCAAUGUCUGACGCCGAGCCUCUUUAUUCCUCUCAUCAUAUGCGCGCCUCUUCUAAUGCCAGCUCAGCAUCCUCCGACACUUUCGAUUCUCCUUCGACAUACUCCCGUAUGUAACCUAACUCUCUCUUAAUUUUUUCAAGUCAAUCAUCAGUAUUUUAGCCGCCUACCCAACCUUUGAACUCUACCCCCUCCCUUUCUUCAACAGCGUUGAAUCCGUCGACCAAAAUUCUCACCCUUGCUCGGACUACUCGGCUCAACCAAACGUCG